GCGAGACAGUGAUGGUAGUCGGGUAGUGAUCGCAGGCUGGCGUGGACACCUCUAGGCUCCAGCACCAUCCUUGACACUACACAGCGUGUAGCGGGAGCCCUGGCUGACGGAAGAUGUACUUCGUGUUGUUGGUGGUGUUGCUGAGGACCUGGUGGGCCCACGCGCACCACUCCGCCCUCCACCUCACGCCUGCACCCUCCCACCCACAAAAUGACUACCAAGCUUGCGUAGGGCCAGUAGACGAGAUGGCCAGUUCGCCCCCACCUGCACAGGGCGCCCGGCGGGGCUCCUCCUCGACUCCCCGCUGCUACCUUGAGACACAACAAAGCUGGGACGAGACAGGCCACUUGAAUCAUCUUCUCCUAAGGAGACCUGGUGGGUGGCUCUCGACCUCAACACCUGCAACCUUCAACUUCACCUCUCAGACGUGCGUGGCGACGUGCAGCUCCCAGGUGAAGGUGGCCUACAGUGGGCAGGUGGAGGUGAUGACGACGUGGGUCUCGGGGCCAGCACGCCCUCCCACACACCUGCACCACCCUCCCACACACCUGCACCUCGUCGUCAACACCACCAGGGAGAAGAGUGAGGGUCUGGCCUUAGUGUGGGACGGGAGAGACCAGAGCGUCCUGUUGACCUCAUCUGAAGGUACGGUGACUGUGACCUCGGGGCCCCAAGCUGCGCAUGGUGACGCACGCAGUGACGGGGGCCACAACUGUGACCAUAAAGACGGUGACGGAGGCCGUAACUGUGACGAUAGAUGUGGCAGAGACGGAAACAUGGAAGGUACCAGUAGCUGUGACGAGGGCAGCAGCAGCAGCAGCAGUGAAGAUGGUGAGACCCGCGGUAGUCGGUGGUGGAGUCUGAGGGUUCAGGCUGGCCGCUCCUUUCCCCAGGAUCGUUGGUGGGCGAAGAGGAGACGGUGAUGAAGGUGGCGGUGGAUCACCAGUGGGCAGCAAGCACCAGGGGAAGCACCUACACCACUACAAUAAGUGGGCAGGGGGCCGGCGGUGAGGUAACCCACCUGCUCAACCUCACCACCACGCACUCUCCUCACCAACACCACAAGAGCUGGCGGCGGGAGCUUCACCUGGUGCCGCUACACUUGAUCCUGGAGACUGAGGUCACCGCAAGAACCGAGGAGAGUAGCCAGAAAACAGAGAUUGUGGCAGAGCUGAGGAACUCAGCAACAGGAGCAAGAGCCAAGUUCGUGAGCGUGGAGGUGAGCGUCGUGGGGGCCAAGGAGCCCGCCUGUGACAAGGAAGGAUACAAGGUCAAGAGCAGUCCUGGAGGUGCGGUGUGUCGGCCACAACACCACUCAAAGGAAGAGGGCGAUCUUCACGAUACAGUCAUGGAAUCUUCAUCUGUGAGAGGCACUCCAGGAGCACCAGAGCCAGAGAAGGAGACGCAGACAAUUACACAAGAACUCACCAGCGAUGUACUCAAUUUGAAGUCUAACCUGUCAGUUCAUGCCACGCCUACAGGAGGGCACAUAGUAAGGAUUCGCCAGGCUGCUCAAACGCCUUUAUGUCCUCCGCUAGGCUGGUCGCUAAACCAAAUAUUCAACUUGUCACGUGAGCUGUCCGGGUGGGAGUACGUGGUGAGCCAGUGGGGCUGGGGCAACAUGGUCGUCAGGGCUGAGUUUGGCGCCUCACCUCUACAGUGGUACCAGAAGAUCUUCGCCUUCUCCCUAGACCAGGCGGCGCCCCUUCCCUCCACCCACCUAGUGCUGGACUUCCGUGACUCCACCAAGUUCUUGGUGAGGGUGAGGUGGCCCACCCUGGCCGCUGGCCUCACCACCUCCCUCACCCUCCUGGACCACCGCUACACCCUGCAAGUUACAGAAGUGGACGAGUUCAGAGGUGAGGGUGGAGGAGAGGAGUUGGUGUGGGUGCUGGGGGAUGCGACCCGGGAGGGGGAGGUGGAGGUGACCUGGAGCCUCCACACCCAGAGGUUGACUGCCACACUCGCUGACGCCGCCGCCCUCCUCACGCAGGCGGCCUCCCACCCGGGGGCGUGCGGCCCGGACCCCGCCCACCAGCCCUCCUUCAGGCACGUCCUGGAGAGACUGUUGGGGCACGACCCGUCCCUCCUCUGGCACCAACUUCUACGUCAGGGGUCUCGCCUGCUGCAUCGGGUUGAUAAGGUUCCAGAGCUGCACUACUUGUGGGAGGCGCUGGAGGAGGAGUUAGGGCUUGGAGAGUCCAAGUCGUCCUCGAAUGAUUAUAACGAAGUGGUGCAGCGGACACCGUGGGCGUAUAUAUGGGCGGUGGCAGAGCAGCUGGGGGUGGUGAAGGAGAGGAGAGAGGGCGCAGGCGUCGUGGUGUACACUGGCCGGCUGCUGGAGGCAAGCAAGCUGGCUCUGAACUUCUGGGAGGAGGUGGCGGGGGCGGGUGUGUGUGGUGGCGCCCUCCAGGGGGCGGGCCUGGCAGACCUGCUGGCCUCGCUCCUCAAGCUCUCGUGUCUUCAUAACUGAUGGUACUCUACUACGCCUUUCAUUGAGAGUCAACGGCAGUAUCCUGCAACUUAGAAUAUUAUAGUAAUAUUCAUACACAUAAACAUAUUCAUGAGAGGUAUAACUAAUGCAAAGAAUCUGUAAAGUAUGAAUAAUUUUGUGACAUCCCGUCCUCAUGACUCAAGCAAGUGUCAUAUAUUAGUACAGGCUUCAGUUUCAUGUCCUCAUAUAUAUGCACUACUAUAAGGACUAGGUACUAAAGUAUCCUUCAGUAUCUUCACAGACACGUUGUUAAGUAAAGAUUAUACCAAACUAUACAACUCAGCUGGUGAUAAAGCCAGUCACAACUAUAGGCCAGACAAAGGGGCGGUACACACAAAUCACUCAAACAUCUGCUACUACAACCCUGGACCACAUGUGGACCAACAUUAACCCCCCCCCCAUCCCUAGCACAACCCUGCACCACAUGUGGACCAACAUUAACCCCCCCCCAUCCCUAGCACAACCCUGGACCACAUGUGGACCAACAUUAACCCCCCCCCAUCCCUAGCACAACCCUGGACCACAUGUGGACCAACAUUAACCCCCCCCCCAUCCCUAGCACAACCCUGGACCACAUGUGGACCAACAUUAACCCCCCCCCCCAUCCCUAGCACAACCCUGGACCACAUGUGGACCAACAUUAACCCCCCCCCCAUCCCUAGCACAACCCUGGACCACAUGUGGACCAACAUUAACCCCCCCCAUCCCUAGCACAACCCUGGACCACAUGUGGACCAACAUUAACCCCCCCCCAUCCCUAGCACAACCCUGGACCACAUGUGGACCAACAUUAACCCCCCCCCCAUCCCUAGCACAACCCUGGACCACAUGUGGACCAACAUUAACCCCCCCCAUCCCUAGCACAACCCUGGACCACAUGUGGACCAACAUUAACCCCCCCCCAUCCCUAGCACAACCCUGGACCACAUGUGGACCAACAUUAACCCCCCCCCCCCCAUCCCUAGCACAACCCUGGACCACAUGUGGACCAACAUUAACCCCCCCCCAUCCCUAGCACAACCCUGGACCACAUGUGGACCAACAUUAACCCCCCCCCAUCCCUAGCACAACCCUAGACCACAUGUGGACCAACAUUAACCCCCCCCCAUCCCUAGCACAACCCUGGACCACAUGUGGACCAACAUUAACCCCCCCCCCAUC